AUGUCCAACAUCUACGGCCUAACUGCCGUGCCCGCCUUCGCGACCACGCUCCUGACCGCGACACCCGCCUACCCAGCACCCACAACGCCCCCAACCGCCAUCCCCAUCACCGAAACCGCCGUGCCCCACACAGCGUUGGCCCACCGUAUCGGCGUCUACGCGCGCUCCCACCUGCCCAAACCCACCUACAACCACUCGCGUCGAGUCUACCACUACGGGCUCGCCAUCAAGCGAUACCGGUUCCCGUUUGCCGACUGGGCCUUUGACGAUGAGACAUUCUUCGUGGCAUGUCUGCUCCAUGAUAUCGGGACGACCGAUGAGAAUCUGCACAAGACCGGGUUGAGUUUUGAGUUCUUUGGCGGGUUUCUGGCGUUGAAGAUCUUGGGUGAGGGGGAGCCUGAGCCUGAGUCUGGGGUCUUGGGGGGUGCUGGCGGUGCUGCGCUGGCGCCGCUGCAGCAGGCGGAGAGUGUUGCCGAGGCGAUUCUUCGGCAUCAGGAUCUGUGCUCGGUUGGCAGGAUCACUGCGUUGGGACAGUUGUUGCAAUUGGCGACGAUCUUUGACAACACCGGUGCCUUCGCUGACCUCGUCCACGCGGACACCAUCAAGGAUGUCUCGACGCAUUUCCCCCGCAUGCAAUGGAGCUCUUGCUUUUCCUCCACCAUCCAGCAGGAAAUUGAUCUGAAGCCAUGGGCGCAUUCGACGGCGCUGGGCGAUGAGUUUAAGGUCAAGGUGUUGGGGAACGAGCUGAUGAAGCCAUAUGAGUAA